AUGUUGGCCAGGAAGGGCCUCCUGCCGGACGGCUUCCUGCUGACCCGCCUGGCCGAGGACCAGAACCAGCCGAACCGGAGCCGGUGCCGCUCGCAGAGAGCUCGCUUCAUCACCAAGACGGGGUCCUGCAACGUGGCGCACAAGAACAUCCGGGAGCAGGGCCGCUUCCUGCAGGACGUCUUCACCACCAUGGUGGACCUGAAGUGGCAGCACUCCUUCCUCAUCUUCACCUCGGCCUUCCUCUGCUCCUGGAUGCUCUUCGCUAUGAUCUGGUGGCUGCUGGCCUUCGCCCACGGAGACCUGGAGCCUCGCGACCCCAACGGCGAACCGGGCCCCGUCCCCUGCGUCACCGCCAUCCAUUCCUUCACCUCGGCCUUCCUCUUCUCCAUCGAGGUCCAGGUGACCAUCGGGUUCGGCGGCCGGAUGGUGACGGAGGAGUGUCCUCUGGCCAUCACGGUGCUGAUCAUCCAGAACAUAUUGGGCCUGAUCAUCAACGCCGUCAUGCUCGGCUGCGUCUUCAUGAAGACGGCUCAGGCCAACCGCCGGGCCGAGACGCUCAUCUUCUCCAGGAACGCCGUCAUCGCGCCCAGAAACGGCCGGCCGACCUUCAUGUUCAGAGUCGGAGACCUGAGGAAGAGCAUGAUCAUCUCCGCCACCGUCCAGCUCCAGGUGAUCCGGCGGACGGUGACGGCGGAGGGCGAGGUGAUCCCGGUGUGUCAGCUGGACAUCCAAGUGGAGAACCCUCUGAGGAGCAACGGCAUCUUCCUGGUGUCUCCUCUGAUCGUCAGCCACACCAUGGAGCGAGGGAGUCCUCUGUACGAGCUGUCGGCCCAGUCGCUGGCCUCCGACGACCUGGAGAUCAUCGUCAUCCUGGAAGGUGUGGUGGAGACGACGGGGAUCAGCAUGCAGGCCCGGACCUCCUACACCCCCGAGGAGAUCCUGUGGGGGCGGCGCUUCGUCUCCAUCAUCACCGAGGAGGACGGCCGCUACUGCGUCGACUACUCCAAGUUCGGAAACACCGUCCCGGUCCGCAUGUCGUCGCUCAGCGCCAAGGAGCUGGACCAGACCAGGGGCGUCCAGGAGGGCAGCUCGGACGCCACGCUGCAGGGCUGGGGGCUGGUCCGGGCCGGCAGGGGCGGCUUCCGCAGGGGGGGCCGGGCCUGCGAUAGCUCCGCCCCCCAGCCCUGGUACGCCCAAUCGGAGAAGCCGGAGAAGGAGGCAACGGAGCAGAAGGGGCAGAAGAAGACGGUGCAGCUGGAGGUGAUUGGACGGCGGGUGGAGGAUGAUGGACUCGGAGACGUGAGCGACUGA